AAUCAGGAAAGACACCUGGUGGCUUUUUAUGGAAGAGAAAAUAUUCUACAGAGAGAAAGUUUUCUUUUUCUUUUUUUUUUGAAAUUUUUUUCUGUGUUUUGUUUGGAUACAGAGAAAUGGAAGUUUUUUUCUCUCACAUAAGCAUAUUUUUUUUUUAUUUUGAAUCUGUAUUAGGUUAUAUAUUUGAGCGAUUAUAUUAAUUUUUUUUUGGUUAGGAUUGGUAUUUGGUUUCCAUUGGUUUGUGAUUCUGGUUAUAGAAUUGAAGAAGGAGGAGAAGAAGAGAGAAAGCGGGUUUUCUCUCUUCUCUUCUCUUGUUUGUGGUGGAGGCGAAUUUCGUCGUUUGCGUUCGAAGAAAUCGGGGCUUGGUUCUGUGAAAUCUAAAACCAUGAAUGUGAUGCGUCGUCUCAAGAGCAUUGCUUCCGGUCGCUCUUCUAUUUCUUCUGAUCCCGGUGGGGAUAGUGGCACUAAGAGGGCAAAGGUUGAUCAACAAGCAGAAUGUAAGGUACAUGAGGAAUCAAAUUUAGUUGAGAGGAGUACCACUGGUCUAGAGCAGCAUAUGGCUUCUACGUCACUGGAAACUGUAGCAAGCACAUCCAAUGUAACUUCUGUUGCUAGAAUGGAGAAAUCAGGUGUUGAUCAGCUUCCUAAUGAAAUGCAUGAAAUGAGAAUUAGAGAUGAGAAAACUGCCAACCAUGAUGAGAAGGAUGUGGAGGCUACUGUUAUUAAUGGAAAUGGAACAGAGACAGGUCAGAUAAUUUCAACUGUUGUUGGUGGUCGAAAUGGGCAACCAAAACAGACAAUCUCAUAUAUGGCAGAACGUGUGGUUGGCACAGGUUCAUUUGGUGUUGUUUUUCAGGCUAAGUGCUUGGAGAGAGGUGAAUCUGUUGCUAUAAAGAAGGUUCUGCAGGAUAAAAGAUACAAGAAUAGGGAACUCCAGAUUAUGCGUAUACUUAACCAUCCUAAUGUGGUCCAACUGAAGCACUGUUUCUUUUCAACCACCGACAAAGAUGAGCUCUAUCUUAACCUUGUUUUGGAGUAUGUACCAGAAACUGUUUACCGAGUUUCAAAACACUACAGCAGAAUGAAUCAGCAUAUGCCCAUUAUUUAUGUGCAGCUGUAUACAUACCAGAUUUGUCGUGCUCUAAAUUAUUUACAUCAUGUGGUUGGUGUAUGUCAUCGUGAUAUUAAGCCGCAAAAUUUACUGGUCAAUCCCCACUCUCACCAGCUGAAGAUAUGUGAUUUUGGUAGUGCAAAGAUGUUGGUACCAGGUGAGCCCAACAUAUCAUAUAUAUGUUCACGAUAUUAUAGGGCUCCAGAACUUAUAUUUGGGGCAACAGAGUAUACAACUGCUAUUGAUAUGUGGUCUGUUGGUUGUGUCAUGGCUGAGCUUCUACUUGGACAGCCACUGUUUCCUGGGGAAAGUGGUGUCGAUCAGCUAGUGGAAAUUAUUAAGAUACUGGGAACACCAACCAGAGAGGAAAUUAAAUGCAUGAAUCCAAAUUACACUGAAUUCAAAUUCCCUCAGAUCAAAGCUCAUCCAUGGCAUAAGAUAUUUCACAAGCGAAUGCCUCCUGAAGCGGUGGAUCUUGUGUCAAGGCUGCUUCAGUAUUCACCAAACCUACGUUGCACUGCUUUGGAGGCAUGUGCACACCCCUUCUUUGAUGAUUUGAGAGACCCAAGUGCGUGCUUGCCUAAUGGCCGAGCCUUACCUCCGCUAUUCAAUUUCACGGCACAAGAACUGGGUGUUGCAUCUGCCGAACUACGCCAACGUCUUAUCCCAGAACAUGCAAGGACAUAAAAAUCAAAUGAGAUGGCAUCUGUAGGCAUUGUAAAUUGGUUUUGUAUGCUGCUUAGUUGCCCAGACAAGCAACGCUGCUCCACCUCCUGCUAGUUCAGAGCUGACCAUCUUUGUUCCUUAACAUGCCAAGACUGAAAAAGGUAGUCUUGGAGGCUAUCCAUCCAAGGACUUGAAUGAUGGUGCUUCGAGGUGGAUGGAAAGGACUGCUAUGCCACGAGGUUUCGGCAUUUCCUUUUUCUUUUUCCUUUUUUUUCAUUUACAAUGUGAUGUGUUACGUGCUUCGACUAACGAUAAGGAUGACUCGUUAAAACUGUGCUGCUGCUGUCAUAUAUAGUUUAUUAGCAUUCAUUGUUCAAAGAGCCUAAAAUGUUCAACCAGAGGAAUUAGGACGUCUUCCACUGUAUAAUUUUCCUACUAAUACUUCUUCUACAGAGAUUCAUAUUUCCAAGAAAUCCACGUUUUGUAUCCCAUUCAUCUGCA